AUGGUUCAAGUCGCACAGGUUGAAACGGUUACUGAGGCUGGUGAUGAUGAAGGCCACACCAGCAAGUCCCAGCUAUGGGACUUGAUAUGUGCCGCAGACAGACUGUUAGGGAUGAUUUUAAAUCUCUCUCCAAUCACUAGCCGCCAUCAACUAGCAACGACACACUCGGUAUCAAUUGAUGGCAUCGUGCAAAACCAGUACGGAAGUCUGCACAUUUGCUUUGAAGCUUUCAGGAGAGCUCAAGGUGGCUCGCCUCUCAAACCCCAGAGAUCUGGUGAUCAGGAGUUCUUACACUAUUAUGUCGCCAUGAGGGUUCAUCUGCCUUUGACCCUGCGGCAAGGCCCAGACGGUGAAGAUUUCUUUAGCUGUUUGGCUUGCGUCGAUGCAUGUGAGUCACUGGUGCAAUUAUAUCAAUUUCUGAGUCGGAGGCUUCCUCCAGGGCUCUUUCUCUCCGAGAUGCUGGAUCUGCAAGCUUUCACCGCGGCAGCUACCCUUCUUCUCAUAUCCCACAUGUCGUCCUCCAUCCAUUUCUUGGAUAUGGGCAUCGACAAAAUUAAGAUCAGUAAUGAAGUGGGACAAGUCAUCAAGCUCUUGCACCCAAAGCCUCAUGGCACUUCUGGCUCUGGGAUUGCUCACAAUGGCGUUACCACGCUAUGCUCGCUGAAUGAUAUGCUUCGGGAAACUGAGAACGGCGUUGAUCUACGCCAGAUAGCUUUCCAUGUUCUACUUCUCGGGAAAGUGCAGACGCAACGCACAUUCUUCGCAGGCUGA